AUGAUUGAAGCAGAGGUGGUGAGUAAAGUUCUCGGGAUGGUUAGAGAUUCAAAAUCACGUAUUUCGGAGAAGAUUGAUCAUCAUGAUCAAAACAAUGAGCUACGGGUGAAUUCUCAAAGUUCAACAUUUUUGGGUGAAGUAAAGACUUUGAAUCAAAUGGUGAAGGAAAGACAUAUUUUACUUGUUCAAGAUGUUAAGAAAGUCAGAGAAGAUAUCAAUUUGCAAAUCCGUGAGCUUCGUGAAGAUACGCAUAGAGAGAUUGUUUCAGUUCAACAGGAUUAUGUGUCUCUAAACCAAAAGGUUAAUAUCAUUUGUGAUGCUCUUACAUGA